CGAGCGCCUGUAAUAUGACAGUAAAGACGGAUUGAGGGUUAAGGUACACAUUCUCAAGUCUCCAUAAUGAGUCUGCAAACACCCUCUCCGCUUUUAUGCUUUAUCAUGAGAUUUCACUUUGGAGAAUUGAAUGGGGAACGAGUAGAUCAUUCAAACAAGUCAGACUUGGUUAACAGGUUGGGAAAUGAGUCUUGACUGCACUUUACGGAUAGUGGCACUUGGAUAUAUGGAUACCCACUCCAUAUGUGGUCAGGCGCAAAAUCACUCAGAUGUACUCGAAAAUCCGCGAACCGACCAAUGAACGGCGCGUACCGACAGAAACAAUGUCGCGUUGUGUUACUGUCUCAGAGGUCAUACCGGCGUGUCUUUGUUCUGACAUUGGGGUUUGCGUUGCUGCUGUUCGUGUUAAGCCUGAUGAAUUCGCCCCUGCCGCCGUUGGAUGAGCCCACGCACGGUGAGGUGAUCCCCGGUGUUACGCUCCUCGUCUGGUGGAGGCCCUUCGGGAACCGGGAUCCCCUGCCUGACUGCGCCGUGAGUUACGGAAUUCAGGGCUGCACCGUUACGGCUACGAGGAGCGCGUACGCCCGCGCGGAUGCCGUGAUUAUACACCACCGCGAUUUGAUGCGAAACUGGAGCGCGCUGCCCCGAGCGCCGCGUCCUCCGCGCCAGAAGUGGAUCUGGAUGAACUUUGAGUCUCCGACUUACUCCGGCUGGCUACAUGGGCUCGACGGAGUGUUUAACCUCACCAUGUCAUACCACCGAGGCUCAGACGUGUUCUUGCCCUACGGUUAUCUGCAGCCCAGGAGGGGAGAUGGAGGUGACCCGCAGUUGAGCGCACCGCACAGGCGCAAGCGCGGACUGGUCGCAUGGGUCAUCAGCAACUGGGACGAGCAUCACGAGAGGGUGAGGUUUUACCGGAAUCUCCAGCGAUAUAUACGUGUGGAUGUGUUUGGACGUGCGACGACAAUGCGAGAUGUAACAUCUGACAGCGUUGUACGCACUGUAUCGCGGUAUAAAUUCUAUCUCGCCUUUGAGAACUCACUACACACAGAUUACAUCACGGAAAAACUGUGGAGGAAUGCGCUUUUAUCAGGCGCCGUGCCAGUAGUUUUGGGUCCGCCACGGGAGAAUUACGAACUCUUUCUUCCCGCUGAUGCCUUCAUACACGUGAAAGACUUCAGCGGCCCGCGGGCUCUCGCCUCAUACCUGAAACACCUGGACCGAAACCCUGCCCUCUAUCAGCGCUACCUGAGAUGGACGCGUCACUACAGCGUGCAUGUGACAUCAUUCUGGACUGAGCAUUACUGUAUGGCCUGUCGAGCUGUUCAAGCCAGUAGAGACCAAAACAAAGUAAUCAAUGAUCUUGCUCUCUGGUUCGAAUCUUAAUGUUUGCUUGAUGAUCUGUCAGCGUUUGUCAGCAAGUAUUUAAAAGAAGAAUGAAGGUUGAAAAUUCCGCGGUUAAGUUUUCCGUUACAGGUCAACGAAGUGUGUCAAACAAGUUUACAGCAGCAGAAGUUAUAUUUAAAGGAAUAUUCCGGGAUCAAUGACAGCAUUUGUAAUAAUAUUGAUUACUACGAAAUGUCCCUCGUUUUCUUUAAAAGAAGCAAAAAUCGAGGUUAAAGUGGGGACAAGUUUUAAGGGGUUAAAGGCAAAAAUGUGAAGCUUAUAAUUUUAUGAAAGCACUUAGGCUACAUUAAUUCUUCUGUUAUAACUGGUGUAUUAUUUGAGCUGUAAAGUUGUUUUUAUGGUCAAUUUUGUGUUAUUGUCGUUAUGUUGUCAUGGCAACAUGUAGUUGUAAUAUUGAAAAUAACUUUACACAGAAAAGGUUAGUAAGUAAGGGAUAAGGUACAGUCAGCAAAAUGUGUUAUCAUAAAAUAAACCCUGACAGGGUGAUCAGGACCCAGGUGUGAAUAAUCCAGCUUAUUACAUGGCUACUAAAUAAAUAAAUACAUAAAUAAAU